AUGGGUGCCGCUGCUGCCGAGCCCCCCAGCGCCAUGGGCCUGGUGUCCAGCAUGGUGAACGACACCCUCGAGUUCUACCGCUGGACCUGGAGCAUCCGAGACAAACGUGUUGAUGAUUGGCCCUUGAUGCAGUCUCCAUUUCCAACACUGACUAUAAGCACUAUUUAUCUCCUCACUGUCUGGCUGGGCCCCAAAUGGAUGAAGACAAGAGAGCCCUUCCAGUUACGUUUCCUGUUGGUUGUUUACAACUUUGGAAUGGUUCUACUCAACUUCUUCAUUUUCAAAGAGCUGUUUUUGUCAUCAAGAGCUCGAGGGUACAGCUAUGUCUGCCAGACUGUGGAUUAUUCAGAUAAUGUUUAUGAAGUUAGGAUAGCUGCUGCUUUAUGGUGGUAUUAUGUCUCUAAAGGAAUUGAAUAUUUGGAUACAGUAUUCUUCAUCCUGAGGAAGAAAUUUAACCAAAUUAGUUUCCUUCAUGUCUAUCACCAUUUCACCAUGUUCACCUUGUGGUGGAUUGGUAUUAAGUGGGUUGCAGGUGGACAAGCUUUUUUUGGAGCUCAGAUGAAUGCAUUUAUUCAUGUUAUUAUGUACAUGUAUUAUGGAUUAGCUGCCUGUGGCCCUAAAUUUCAGAAAUACCUGUGGUGGAAACGAUACUUGACCAUAUUGCAAUUGGUGCAGUUCCAUGUGACUAUUGGCCACACAGCCUUGUCUAUUUAUAUUGAUUGUCCUUUCCCUAAAUGGAUGCACUGGAGUGUAAUUUUCUAUGCUGUCACCUUCAUUUUCCUGUUUGGUAACUUCUACUAUCGGACAUAUAAGCUGCCCAAGGAACCUGUAAAGAAUGGCAAAAUAGCAAAUGGUGCUGUUGCAAAUGGAGUAAGCAAACCAGAAAAUAAUGCAGUGGUGGAAAAUGGAAAAAGGCAGAAAAAGGGAAAAGCAAAAGGAGAGUAACUUGAUCCAGGCCUUAACCA